AUGAGCAUAGCAGUAGAAAGAGGCGAAAAAUCCGGAACUAUCAACGCAAUCCCGUCGAAGGCUAUGCACUUUUCUCACAAAGUUACGCCGAAAAUUGUUCUAGACGAUCGCGGCUCGGGGCAGACAGACGCUGGUCUUCUCAAACCCGUUAAUUCACCGAUUUCUCUACAUAAUCCUCGUGGAGUUCCGACUCCAACGAACGCGAACAAAACGGCUCGUGAAAAGCAUCGAAGUGUGAGUGCCGAAGAGGCGGCGGCGGUACCGGCUGCGGACGUGGUCAGCAGCACUGGCGUCGACACGGACCGUCUUCUCAAACCCGUUAAUUCACCGAUUUCUCUACAUAAUCCUCGUGGAGUUCCGACUCCAACGAACGCGAACAAAACGGCUCGUGAAAAGCAUCGAAGUGUGAGUGCCGAAGAGGCGGCGGCGGUACCGGCUGCGGACGUGGUCAGCAGCACUGGCGUCGACACGGACCGUGUAAUGAAAUCUCAGCAACCAAGAUUUUAUGGUGGACCUCUGAACGGAAAAGUCACUAUGUCUCAUGCAAUUCAUGCACCAUCGGCACGCUCGAGGACGUUGGCAUGGUUUUUAGCCGAUGAUCUAUUGGAAAAGAAAAGUGCGCCGGCCAACGGUUCCAUGAAGACUGAUGGCAAAAACUCGCCGCAAGCCGGUGGCAAAUCCGAAGACAAGAAACGACGUCGGGCGCUACGUCGUGCGAAGAAGAACGAAGGAGCUGCACAGCUUGAUCUGACUGAUGUGGAUGUGAACGCUGCAGCAUUGGAAGACCUUUUUGCUGGUGAACGACAACGUGUUUUGAGCGGUGGCGAGGAUUAUUGGUACUAUGAUGUGGCAUCUGACGGCUACUACUAUGAGCAGAAUGGAGCGAAAGGCUGGAGGCGUCGAAUGCCGAAUUCCGCAAUGCAACGCAUCAAAGAACAGGAAAUCACACAAUUGGCUAAUGGAGGCAAACUUCCGAUGUUGAAUCUGCAGACAGCAGCGCAAGCGCAUGCAUUGCUGCAGAGUGCGCUGUUCUCACAACCGGCUCUCAAGUAUUAUGAUGCAAAUUCGGACGGAUUCUUCUACGAGAUGGCCUCUGUUGAUGGAUGGAAACGCCGGCAACCGAAUAAGCCUGUUCAUCAAACACUAUCUCAUGGUCUGAAUAGCUCAUCGGCUUCGGCAGAAGCUGGAACACCUACUCGCCCUAGUUAUGGAGCUACUCUAGCCCGAGGACAAAUUCCCCGUCAUCAUUGUGUCCUCGAUGAUAGCAGCGCGUCGUCGUCGGUUAGCGAAGAUACUAGCCUUCAGAUUCUGCCUGGAUUCAACGCUGAUAAAUUCAUCCAAGAACUCUCCUUCUCCGGCCUUGAUCCUUCCAAGGUUCUCGGCUCUGUGUCGCGUACGCCAGCCGAUCCAUGGGCGUCGCGAUGUGGC